AUGGAGCGGACGCCGCUGCUGCUGAGUACGGGCGACGGCGGCGGCGCGGCCGCAAGCGCGUCCAGCCUGUUUGGUGGCCAGGUCAGGCAGCGGCGCGGCGACCUCGGGUCUCAAAGGGGCCCCCAGGGUUCCCCGAGCGGCGCUGGCCAGCAGCAGCAGCAGCAGUUGUUGGCGCCCCAGCAGGAUGCCUACAUGCACGGCCGAGCAGGCGCCCUGCAGAGCGUCGAGGCCACCAUUGUGGAGCUGGGCAGCAUGUUCACGCACCUGGCUGAGAUGGUCCAAUCUCAAGGGGACAUGGUGGCCCGCAUCGACGACAACAUAGACGAGACCCUGGGCCACGUGGAUGCAGCCAGGGGCCAGCUCGCGCGGUACCUCAAGAGCAUCUCGUCCAACCGCGGCCUGAUGAUCAAGGUCUUCCUCGUCGUCAUGGUCUUCCUUGCAGUGUUUGUCUUUGUGGCGUGA